CAACAACAACAACAACAAUCAACUUUCCACCAUGAAUCCAGCAACGGAUCCUUGGGUUAUUACCCAACGAGAAAAGCUGAAAUAUGUAGAACAAUUUAAGGCUUUACAGCCACAAGGCGGCUUUGUCACCGGUGGCCAGGCCAAGGGUUUCUUUUUGCAAUCACAAUUGCCUCCACUGAUACUCGGACAAAUAUGGGCUUUGGCUGAUACGGAUUCCGAUGGCAAAAUGAACAUAAACGAGUUCAGCAUUGCAUGUAAAUUAAUCAACUUGAAAUUACGUGGCAUGGAAGUGCCCAAGGGCUUACCACCAUCUUUGCUGGCCUCAUUGAAUACCGGUACAACUCCAACAUUGACACCAACGGGCGCCAGCAGUCUCAGUCCCAUUGAAGCAACAAAAUCCGUCGUUGCAGCCGCCAAGCCAGAAGUGCCAGCGAUGCCUAAUGUUCCCAUGACAGCAGCUGCUGCGGCUACAGCUGCAGCGCCAGCACCACUUGUGCCAAUGCCUGGUGCUGUGCCGAUAGUGCCAGGUAUGGUGCCCGGUACACUUCCUGGAAUUGUGCCACAACCUAGUAUGGCUCCAGCAGCUAUGGUCGGAAUACCACCCAUGCAACAAAUGACUGGCGCAGUUCCUGUGAUGCCAGCCGCCAUGCAAGCAGGUAUGAUGCAUGGUGGUGUUGCUGGUGUUGCCGGAGUUCCGGCGGUAGCAGGUAUGCCAGUGGUAACACAACCGGGUGCCAUGCCCGGAAUACCACCGGUAGCGGGCAUGAUGCCUGGCAUGGUGGCCGGUGUGGCGCCGAAUGUUAUGCCUGGUGCAAUGCCCGGUGCAAUGCCCGGUGUAGUGCCUGGAGUAGUGCCUGCAGCAGUUGCUGCAGCAAAAGUCGUAUCGCCUCCAACAGCGGUGGCAGCAGUACCCACACCACCUCACAGCAAUCCUCCAAGUCGAAAUAUGUCUAUAUCAGAGAGGGCACCUUCUUUAGAAUCACCGCAGGGCGAAUGGGCGGUUAAGGCUCCAGCCAAACGUAAAUACACCCAAGUAUUUAAUGCCACCGAUCGUAAUCGCACCGGUUAUCUAACUGGCCCACAAGCUCGUGGCAUUCUGGUGCAAAGCAAAUUGCCUCAAGCCACCUUGGCUCAGAUAUGGACACUCUCUGAUUUAGAUACCGAUGGUCGCUUGAGUUGUGACGAAUUCAUAUUGGCCAUGUUUUUGUGCGAUAAGGCCAUGAAUGGUGAAAAAAUACCACCCACCCUACCCGCAGAUUGGAUACCACCCAGUUAUCGUAAGACUAAAUCGCGACAAGGCUCAGUUUCGGGCACUGUUUCCAGGCCAGGUUCUCAGCCGGCUUCACGGCAUGCAUCGGUAUCUUCUCAGGGUGCUGGAGAAGCGGAUCCUUUGGCUGGUUUACCUCAAACCUCUUUCGAAGACAAACGCAAAGAGAACUUUGAUAAAGGCCAAGCAGAACUUGAUAGGCGACGUAAGCUGCUGCAAGAUCAGCAACGUAAGGAAAAGGAGGAGCGGGAACGCAAAGAACGUGAGGAGGCCGAAAAACGCGAAAAGGCUCGUUUGGAAGCAGAGCGUAAACAACAGGAAGAGCUAGAAAGACAAUUGCAGAAACAACGUGAACUGGAGCAAGAGAAAGAAGAACAACGAAAACGUGAACUAGAAGCCAAAGAAGCAGCCAGAAAAGAACUUGAGAAGCAACGUCUACUGGAGUGGGAACAGGCACGCAUUGCUGAGCUAAACUCACAAAAACAGCGUGAACAGGAGCGUGUGCUCAAGCAGAAAGCCCAUAAUACUCAGUUGAAUGUGGAGUUGAGCACAUUAAACGAAAAGAUAAAAGAUCUUUCGCAAAAGAUUUGCGAAACACGAGCCGGUGUCACCAAUGUCAAGUCAGUAAUUGAUGGCAUGCGUUCUCAGCGAGACACUUCUAUGUCCGAUAUGUCACAACUUAAGGCCCGAAUUAAAGAACAAAAUGCAAAACUGCUACAACUAACACAGGAGCGAGCCAAGUGGGAUGCUAAAGCCAAGGCGGCAGCUGCUGCAGGUGAUGCUGGCCAACAAGAACAAUUAACGGCAGCUUUUGCCAAUAAACAACUCAUUAUCAAACAACUAAAAGACAAAGUGGAGAAUAUAAGAUCAGAAAUGGAAUCAAAGAAGGAAGAUAUCAACUCACACGAUUUACAAGUGACCGAAGUUAAAGGCGAACUAUCUGAUCUUAUAAACAAAUGUGAAGAACUCUAUGCGGAUUAUGACAAACAACGCACUCAAAUUUUGGAAAUGAAAUACAACAAGAAGAACGAAAAUGUCACAGCAACCUCAGCAUGGGAUACCGGUUCGGCUUGGGGUGCUACAACUACUUCCAGCAUCGAUCAAUAUGGCAUUACGAAUGAUAAUAGCACUGCACAGACUAUGGAAAAUGCCGUCGAUACAAGUGGCCCAGCACCUGAGGGUUUCGUUAAAUACAAAGCUGUCUAUGAGUUUUCAGCACGAAAUGCCGAUGAAAUAUCCUUUGUUCCUGGUGACAUAAUAUUUGUGCCAUUGGAACAAAAUGCUGAACCUGGUUGGUUGGCGGGUGAGAUAAAUGGCCAUACGGGUUGGUUCCCCGAGACCUAUGUGGAAAAACUGGAAGAAGAACCGGCGGCGGCAGAGAGCUAUACCAGCGCGCAAGAUACAUUCAAUGAUAAUAGUCAGCAAUAUAGCACCACUACUACUACCACAGACUCCACAGCUGCUGCCCCCACAGAUGCCUAUAAUGGUGAUGUCGAAUAUUACAUAGCUGCUUAUCCUUAUGAAUCUGCUGAAGCGGGCGAUUUAACUUUUGGCGCCGGCGAAAUGGUGAUGGUGAUAAAGAAGGAGGGCGAUUGGUGGACGGGUACAAUAGGAAAUCGCACUGGCAUGUUCCCCUCGAAUUAUGUACAAAAGGCCGAUGUAGGUGGUACAGCGACAACGACGAUUACAGACGCUGCGGAGGAACAAUUUGAUGAUACCUAUAAGGAUAAUACAUAUAACGGAAAUGCUCAUCAUGAGCAGAUAACAGAAAAUGCUACGACCGAUUUGUCAGAGUCAAUGCCCGCUGCCGAAACGCAAUUAACCAAUGAUAUGCCCCCCGCCUCUAAUGAUAGCGUUAAGACUCAUGAUGAUGCGGCCGCGGUAGCCGAUGAGACACGUACAAAUGAGGAAUUGGAUACGGAAGUCUCGCAAAUAAAUACGCAAUCUAACAAUAAGACACAGUCUAGUGAACCUGCUGAAUCGUAUAGUCGUCCCAUGUCACGUACUUCUUCCAUGACUCCAGGUAUGCGAGCUAAACGUUCGGAUAUUGCACAAGUUAUUGCUCCCUACGAAGCCACCAGCCCCGAGCAAUUGUCCUUGACUCGUGGCCAAUUGAUAAUGAUCCGUAAGAAGACCGAAACGGGCUGGUGGGAAGGUGAACUUCAAGCUAAAGGACGUAGACGUCAAAUUGGUUGGUUCCCUGCCACCUAUGUGAAGGUGUUACAGGGUGGUCGUAACAGCGGUCGCAAUACCCCAGUUUCGGGCAGUAGAGUUGAAAUGACUGAAACGAUUUUGGAUAAAGUUAUUGCCCUAUAUCCAUACAAGGCACAAAACGACGAUGAAUUGUCAUUUGAUAAGGAUGACAUUAUCAGUGUACUGGGACGAGAUGAACCCGAAUGGUGGCGCGGUGAAUUGAAUGGUCUUACCGGUCUCUUCCCCAGCAAUUAUGUGGGUCCAUUUGUGACGUCCGGCAACGUAUAACAAGUUAUGCCCGCUCCUGCAUAUUAAGAACCAAGCAAAAGGGAUAUAUAAAAUAAAAAUGUAUUUAAUCUAUAACGAAGAACCAAAAUAGUUGGCAAAUAGCUGGACAUAUUAACAUAAAUUUAAAAUGAAAAAAAAAACAAAACAAAAAAAAAAAAAACAACACAAAGCAACUACGAAUUGUAUUUAGAAUGAAAGAAAAUUCAGUAAAUCAUGAAAAAAACAAGUUUUGGGAAAAAAACUAAGAAAAACAUACAAAAAUUGGUAAAUCCAUAGAUAAUGAAACUCACCCAAAUUAAAAGAAAAAAAAAACAAAAAUAAAUAUGCAACAGAUGGUAUUAGAACAAAGAAGAGAAACUUUAGUAAUAAUUACAGCUUAGGAUGAACAAACGAAAACAAGAAAAAAAUCUCACAUUUAUUCAUUCAUUAUUCAAAUUCACUUAAAAUAAAUGGCAAGAGAUUAUGUAUUACCCUAGCUCCCCAGCUCCCCAGCUCCCCAACUCUCCAAAUCACCCCUCUCACAAGACAAAGACACCUUACUCCCUCUCCGGCCACCCGCCCGCCCCUCCAUUCAUAUGUAUUAAGGACAAUAUAAAGCUUUCUUUAAUCGUAUAUUUAUAAAUUAAAAGCAAAAAGGAAAGUAAAAAUAAUCCAUAAAUCUAGUAAAAAAUAUUAAGGAUAUACCUUAGCAUUCAUUUACAUAAAAAA